AUGGCAGCGGCGGCUGCUCCGCCGGGCGGGGCGAGCCCGGGGCUGGCGGCGGGGGAGCGUCUUGUCUGUGUGGACAAGAAUGUGGCUUCUCCCAAACUCUACGUCCUGGAGCCAUGGAUUGCUGACCUCUUGGUGAAUUACGAGCAACUGGAGGAGCGUGAGAAUUUCCUGGCUGGACAGGUGGUGCGGGUCUUAAGUGAUUCAACUGCUCCUGGCCAGCCUGGCCUCCAGGAAGCUGUGGUGCAGGUCUCUGAUGGAUCCUGCUACAUCCGUGUGGUCAUUACACCCGAAGCUCUGCAGGCAGAGGAAAACGCCCACCUGCAGCUCAGGCUUUCCAGCCUUAAUUGCAGAAUUAUCGUCCUGCAGAAGUACACAGUGUGUUUUCAGGACGAGGCCAGGCUGGAGGACUGCGAGUUUUACCUCACGGCCCAGCAGUUCAUCGUGCUGCCCAUGCAGAGGCAGAGGAUGGAAUCAUCCGACGGGAACCAGGACCCCUCUGUGGUGAAGAAGAUUAAGGAGCUCUGGCUGAGGAAUCUUGCUGUGAGGAAUGCUCCCAGCUCAGAGCCCUCUGUCUCUCAGCUGAUUGAUGCCAUAGGACAGAACCAGCUGGAGAUUUUGAAGGAAAAUGCCGAGGAAUGCUUGGAUUUAUGGAAAUCAAAGGACAAGCCAGUGACAGUGGAGGACGAGGUUCCUGUCACCCAGUGGGAGGCAGAGCGCAAGAAGGAGCAGGGAGAGAAUGUUUUCAUGGUCCCAGUCAGCGCCCUGGUGAUCCCUCCUGAGGAGGAGGCAGUUGUUUGUGAUUCUUCUGAGGCAGCACCUGCAGGGUACACAGAUACAAGCCAAGCAGCUCCUGGAAAGAGUAGUGAUGAUAGGACAAUGCCAGGAGACCCAAGUGUUGUAUCCCAGACCAGCUCUUGUCUCCAUAGCAGAGGUGCUCCAGCCUUUGGAUCGUCCUCAUGGCCUCCUAUGAACGCUCCAGAUCCCAUCCAGCCUUUAGUUUCCUCUACAGUUGACACAUCCCAUCUCCUUGGACUGAGUGGAGGAGGUGCCACAUCACCAGCCUUGUCAGAUAGCUUGGAGGGAUCCCCGGACAACCCCUGGAAUAGAAUGCCCUCGUUGUCUUUGACCCCGAGCUCUUCCGAUGAGAAGAGCUUUCAACCUGACCCUCCCCUGAAGACCCAGAAAGAUGUGGCUGCUGACAGCAACACCACCGACCUGUUGGAAUUGUGUAGCCAGGGCUCUCCUGAGGGCUUGCCCCAGGGAGAGCCAGUACAGACCUCAUCUCCCUCCCUGCUCCGCUCCCACAGCACUCCCAGUCCGGUGGAGAUCAGCACCACUGAGGUGGCAUCAGCUGCAGAGGCAGCCUGGGAUACCCUGUGUUCUGAUCGUGGCCCGCAGGGAUCCAGGGACUCUCAGGCCACCCUGCCCACUCUUUCUCCAGUUUUUCCAGCCUUGCCAGGCAGCAGUGUACAGUUCCUGCCCGGCAGGAUUCCUCACAGGGAGCAGGCCUGCUCCAGUGGCACAACUUCCUCUCCAGAUGUGUUGAGGCCUGGACUGGCUCAUGUAAGGACACAGGGAAGAGAGACUGUGGGUGCCAAGAGGAAGCUGGUGGAGGAAGAUGAGCAGGGCCCCAGUGGGCAGCAGCUUACCCCGGGCACCUCAAAGGACAGGGGGAGAGGCACAGACAAGAGAUCGGAGCUCAUGAGCCCACAGGGUGCAAAGAAGAGCAGAACGCAGACAGGGCUGCAGCGUGGAAAAGAGCUUGAGGAGGAGGAUAAAGAGGAGGAGGAGGAGGAAGAGCAAGCAUCCCCUGCAAGAGCUGGGCCCAGCUCCAGGCCGGAGCAGUGCAGAGCUCCAGAGCCGUUCAUGGAGAGACCGCCCCAGUACCAAUACGAGGCACCGAGCCCUGAGCUCUGCCAGCAGGUACAAUCUAUCAGGAUCUCAAAGGCAAUGCUGAAGUGGGCAUGCUGGAUACUGACUGAGGAGGAUGAUUCCUGAGCCCAACCCAUCUUUCGUUCCUUUGUUUCUUCAAUGGGUCUGUCAAAACACUGGGAAGAGUGGUUGGGGGAGGGAUGUGGGGACAUCAAAAGCUCUGUGCCCCAGGGGACUGCUGAGUGGGCUGGCCUAGCUGCAGAAACCUUGGCACAUGACCUGUUGAAACCCAAUACCCUCAGUGACAGGAGGGGAGAAAAGCAUUCACUCAGGAAUGCGUAUAUGUGAGCCAGCAUCCCUCUCCCACCUCUUCAUCCUUUCCAAAUGCCUUGUCCCAGCAAGUGGGGACAAGAGGUGACACAGUGCCACCAUAGAAGUGAUGGCAGAGGCGCCACAACCUGAUCCUGCUCCAAAGGUACCCCAGGAGCAUGGAUGGUUUAUUGAAUAAGUUUAGGUUGGGUCCUGCACUGUUUAUUACAAAAAAUAUCCUGCAGGGUUAUGCUGUAGAAAUUAAAAAUUGUAUAUUUUUUAAAUACACAGCUCUUGUAUUAAAAAAAAAAAACCAAACAAAAAAAAAAACAAAACAA